GCGAAAGAUGCGGCAGAUGACACAUUAGAGAGCACAAAAGAGCAUGCUAAAGAUGUUAAAGACAAAUCAAAAGAAAUUGCUGAAGAUGCAGCAGAAAAAACUAGAGGAUUCUUUGGAAAGUUGAAGGGAUCAACAGAAAAAGCUGUUGAUAAAGUGAAAGACGUAGCAGAUGACACGUUAGAAAGCACAAAAGAGCAUGCUAAAGAUGCCAAAGAUAAAACGAAGGAAGUUGCCGAAGAUGCAGCGGACAAAACGAAAGGAUUCUUUGGAAAGCUGAAAGGAGCAACAAAAAAAUCCGGUGAUAAAGUAAAAGAUGCAGCAGAUGAUUCUUUAGAGGGCACAAAAGAGCACGCUUCCGAAGUAAAAGAUAAAACUAAAGAAGUUGCUGAAGAUGCUGCAGAAAAAACUAAAGGAUUCUUUGGCAAGUUGAGAGGAUCGACAGAAAAAGCCGUAAGUAGGGUAAAAGAUACUGCAGGUGACACGCUAGACAGCACAAAAGAGCAUGCUAAAGAUGUUAAAGAAAAAACAAAAGAAGUCGCAGAAGAUGCAGCAGAUAAAACUAAAGGAUUAUUUGGAAAGUUAAAGGGAUCAACAGAAAAAGCCAUUGAUGAGGCUAAAGAUGCAGCUGAUGAUACAUUAGAAAGCACAAAAGAAGACGCUAAAGCUGUCAAAGAUAAAACUAGCGAAGUUGCUGAAGAUGCAGCAGACAAAACAAAAGAAUUCUUCGGAAAGUUGAAGGUGUCGACCGAAAAAACUGUUGAUAAAGUGAAAGACGCAGCAGAUGACACACUAGAGAACACAAAGGAGCACGCUAAAGAUGUUAAAGACAAAACUAAAGACGUUGCUGCAGAUGCAACAGAAAAAACAAAAGGAUUCUUUGGAAAAUUGAAGGGAUCAACAGAAAAGGCAGUUGAUAAAGUGAAAGACGCAGCCGAUAAUACGCUAGAGAGCACAAAAGAGCAUGCUAAAGAUGUUAAAGAUAAAACAAAAGAAGUCGCAGAAGAUGCAGCAGAUAAAACUAAAGGAUUCUUUGGAAAGUUAAAGGGAUCAACAGAAAAAGCCGUUGAUAAGGCUAAAGAUGCAGCAGAUGAUACUUUAGAGAGCACAAAAGAGCAUGCUAAAGAUGUUAAAGAUAAAACGAAAGAAGCUGCUGAAGAUGCAGCAGACAAAACAAAAGGAUUCUUUGGAAAAUUGAAGGGAUCGACAGAAAAAGUCGUUGAUAAGGUAAAAGACGCAGCAGAUGAUACGCUAGAGAGCACAAAAGAGCAUGCUAAAGAUGUUAAAGAUAAAACGAAAGAAGUUGCAGAAGAUACAGCAGGCAAAACUAAAGGAUUCUUUGGCAAAUUAAAGGGGUCAACAGAAAAGGCUGUUGAAGAGGUGAAAGACGCAGCAGAUGACACGUUUGGAGAAACGACGAAGGAACAUGCUAAGGAUGUUAAAGAUAAAACAAAAGAAGUCGCAGAAGAUGCAGCAGACAAAACUAAAGGAUUCUUUGGGAAGUUAAAGGGAUCAACAGAAAAGGCAUUUGAUAAAGUGAAAGACGCAGCAGACGAUACUUUGGAGAGCACAAAAGACCACUCUAAAGACGUCAAGGAUAAAACGAAAGAAGUUGCUGAAGUUGUAGAAGAAAAAACUAAAGGAUUCUUUGGAAAAUUGAAGGCUUCAACACAGAAAUCUGUUGAUAAGGUAAAAGAUGCAGCAGAUGACUCAUUAGAGAGUACGAGAGAACAUGUUAAAGAUGUAAAAGAUAAAACGAAAGAAGUUGCUGAAGAUGCAUCAGACAAAACUAGAGGAUUCUUUGGAAAGUUGAAAGGAUCAGCACAAAAAUCCGUUGAUAAGGUCAAAGAUGCAGCAGAUGAUAAGUUAGAGAUUACAAAAGAGCACGCCACAGAUGUCAAAGAUAAAACGAAAGAAGUUGCUGAAAACGCAGCAGACAAAUCUAAAGGAUUCUUUGGCAAAUUAAGAGGAUCAACAGAAAAAACAGUUAGCAAAGUGAAAGACACGGCGGAUGACACAUUAGAUAGCACAAAAGGGCAUGCUAAACAUGUCAAAGAUAAAACAAAAGAAGUUGCAGAAAAUGCAGCAGACAAAACCAAAGGAUUUUUUGGAAAAUUAAAAGAAUCGGCAGGAGAAGCAGUUGAUAACGUAAAAGACGCUGCAGAUAGCACAUUAGUGACUACCAAAGAUCAUGCUAAAGAUGUCAAAGAUAAAACGAAAAAAGUUUCUGAAGAUGCAGUAGAAAAAUCUGAAGAAUUCUUUGGACAACUUAAAGAAUCAACUGAAAAAGCAGUUGAUCAAGCAAAAGACGCAGCAAACGAUACGUUAGAGAGCACAAAAGAGCACACUAAAGAUGUCAAAGAUAAAACAAAAGAAGCUGCUGAAGAUGCAGCAGACAAAACUAAAGGAUUCUUUGGCAAGUUGAAGGGAUCAACAGAGAAAGUUGUAGAUAAAGUAAAAGACGCAGAUGAUGAUACGUUAGAGAGCGCAGGAGAGCAUGCUAGAGAUGUCAAAGAUAUAACGAAAGAAGUUGCAGAAGAUGCAGCAGGCAAAACUAAAGGAUUCUUUGGCAAGUUGAAGGGAUCAACAGAGAAAGCUGUUGAUAAAGUAAAAGACGCAGCAGAUGAUACGGUAGAGAGUACAAAAGAGCAUGCUCAAGAUAUCAAAGAUAAAACGAAAGAGAUUGCUGAAGAUGCAGCAGGCAAAACUAAAGGUUUCUUUGGAAAAUUGAAGGGAUCAACAGAAAAGGCCGUUGAUAAGGUGAAAGACGCUGCAGACGACACGAUUGAAACCACGAAGGAGCAUGCUAAGGAAGUCAAAGAUAAAACGAAAGAAGUCGCUGAAGAUGCAGCAGACAAAACUAAAGGAUUCUUUGGCAAGUUGAAAGGAUCAAGAGAGAAAGCUGUUGAUAAAGUAAAAGACGCAGCAGAUGAUACGGUAGAGAGCACAAAAGAGCAUGCUCAAGAUAUCAAAGAUAAAACGAAAGAAAUUGCUGAAGAUGCAGCAGGCAAAACUAAGGGUUUCUUUGGAAAAUUGAAGGGAUCAACAGAGAAAGCUGUUGAUAAAGUAAAAGACGCAGCAGAUGAUACGUUAGAGAGCACAAAAGAGCAUGUUCAAGAUAUCAAUGAUAAAUCAAAAGAAAUUGCUGAAGAUGCAGCAGGCACAACUAAAGGUUUCUUUGGAAAGUUAAAGGGAUCAACAGAAAAAGUUGUUGAUAAAGUAAAAGACGCAACAGAUGAUACGUUAGAGAGCGCAGGAGAGCAUGCUAGAGAUGUCAAAGAUAAAACGAAAGAAGUUGCAGAAGAUGCAGCAGGCAAAACUAAAGGAUUCUUUGGUAAAUUGAAGGGAUCAACAGAAAAGGCCGUUGAUAAGGUGAAAGACGCUGCAGACGACACGAUUGAAACCACGAAGGAGCAUGCUAAGGAAGUCAAAGAUAAAACGAAAGAAGUCGCUGAAGAUGCAGCAGACAAAACUAAAGGAUUCUUUGGCAAGUUGAAAGGAUCAAGAGAGAAAGCUGUUGAUAAAGUAAAAGACGCAGCAGAUGAUACGGUAGAGAGCACAAAAGAGCAUGCUCAAGAUAUCAAAGAUAAAACGAAAGAAAUUGCUGAAGAUGCAGCAGGCAAAACUAAGGGUUUCUUUGGAAAAUUGAAGGGAUCAACAGAGAAAAGCUGUUGA